AUGCCGGAGCCAAUACGCAGACGGUCCUUCGCUGUUCCUCCGAGGCCGCCUCACCGGAUGAGGCACUCCCUUGGCUCGUAUGAUACGUCCAUUCCUUCCAACGACGUCCUAUUCCACCAUCCCUCCGUGACCGUCAUAAAAUUCGAACUCCCUCAGUCGUCCAGCCCCGGCCCAAUCCUCCCCGACCUGGACUACCCUGUCGAUGCCAUCGAGACCCUGCCCUGGAGGACUCGCUCCGAGACGAUCGCCGCCAUCGGGGCGCUGAGGAUAGAGAACAUUGCCGGCUCCGCUGCUUUCCUUAAAUCAGGAAACGUCGUCUAUGCUCUGUUGAAGAACUGCCAGUGCUGGUGUGUCGAUGCCAGGUCAACCUUCGUCCUGCGGAUAAGGAAGCUCACCUACUACCGUAUCGAGUUCCCGCACGAGAGCGAGGAGGACGUCAAGAAGGUGGCAGAAUGGAAGCUGGUCCUCUCCAGUAUAAUUCGUUAUGAAAUUACGCCUUGCCCGUUUAAACGGGAGUUCUCUGUAGAGCUCCCGGAAGAAGCUAAAACACCGAAGAAGAAACGGGCGUGGCGGCCGAAGACAAUGGCCGGUCUACCGGUGAGGCCGUUUGACUUUGAGGGAAGUCUUUCUUCGGAGGACCGUGAACCCAGUGACUUUGGGAGCAUUGGGUACGACACAGACGAGCAGAGUGAACGGGGCGGGAGCCUGCCUCCUUCCACCACCCGAUGUUCUUCUCGCGAUCGCCGGUCCUCACCCAUACGGAUCCCCAAGCGGUCCAGCUUCCGAGUGGUCUCUGAGCCUGCACCAAAAUUUGAAAGUUUGCUCGCGAGAUUCGAGUCUGAGUCUGAAACCGUCAACGACGCUCGUGAUGGCAGCGCGGGCGUCGCUUCAAGUGCUUCUUCGUUCCACUCGGUCUCUGAUGCUUCUGUCUCUCCUCCUCCUUCGCCGCCUUAUUCCACGCCACCUUCUCCCCGCGCAUCCGCCUGCGAACCCUCGCCGUGUGUGAUCUUGAAAACGAGCCAUACUCGCGACAACUCUGCAGCGACCAUCGUACCCGACACCACACAUGAUUCGGGUCCUCUCCGGCCACCAUCCAUGGCUCUCAGCGAUCCGCCAAAGCCCCUCACGUCGUGUGAACCGGGCGACUUAUUUCCUCGAGUACAAACUCGUAAUGGUUUAGAGGUUCCUAUUGAGAAUCCCAACUCGAUCAUCCGCCGACGCAUUCGUGCAUCGCGGCAGCGCUCUUUCUCUCCCUUACCGCCAUCUUCAACAUUGUUUACGCCCGCCCCUAAAUCGCCGGUUAAUAAUUUAAUUGAUGCCAUUUUCGAAAAAACUUACACAUUCGUUCUUGGGCCUCCUAUACACCUUUUACUUAUGUUCCUCAGACUUGCGGCAGAAAUGGCCGCUAAAGAUAAUAAUCGCGGCCCAGCUGGUCCUGGGUCUGGGAAAUUUCCCACUCAGCCUGAAACUAUGAGCGACACCGACGAUUCUUUCAGCGAGGAUGAUUUUGGGAAUCCUCUUUCUCCCAUUGCCUCUGCGAACCUGGGCAGAGACUCUCCCACAACCUCAGAAUCCUCGAGUGAAGUAGACUGA